AUGGCCAAAUGCCGAGAGCAACGCGCAGCUGUGAAAUUUGGUUUCUUGUUGGGGAAAUCUGCCGCGGAAACUAUUGUAAUGCUUAAGACUGCUUAUGGGGAUGCUGCCCUAUGUAAAAGCAGAGUCUACGAGUGGUUUUCAAGUUUUGAAAAUGGAGAAAUGUCAAUUGAAGACCAACUCCGUUCAGGAGUUUUAUCCGAAGAUGUCCACAUGGGAAGAGUUGAAGCCAAAUUUGUCCCUCGUCUUCUCACAGGCGAGCAAAGGGAGCGUCGACUUCAGGCAUUAUUUGAGCCCUCUCCGCUCUCUUCGUAA